GCUGAGGAAGAUGCAAGGACUGCAAGUGCUGCAGAGGGGCUUCCCAGGAGUGUCCGGCCCCAGGAACCUCACAGUCACCGAGGGCUAAGCGUUCAGAAAGUCGCCUCCCUCUCUGGGGCUGUGGGCGGGGUUAGGAAACACUUUCAGUUUUGUUUCCUUGUCUGCCACAAAGGAACUCACCAGGAAACCUCCGGGAGUGGAAUAUGGAGGGAGACUUCCAGGUGUGCGGAAACUGCAAGAAAAGUGUGCCCUCUGCCCACUUCAUCCUCCAUGAGGUCCACUGCCUUCGGUUUCUGGCCCCUAAGUGUGAGGAGCCCGUUCCAGGGAUGAAGGUGCAGGAGCAGAGGCACCAGCAGGUCAAGUGUGCGAUGUGUCAGCAGAGUGUGGCGAAGUCCUUCCUGGAAUUGCAUGAGACCAAGGAAUGCCAGGAGCGCCCUGUCAAGUGCAAGUUCUGUGAGCUGACCGUGCAUCUCAGCAAGCUGGAGACCCACGAGUCCCACUGUGGCAGCCAGGCCCAGCGCUGCCCGCACUGUGACCAGCUUAUCUUGCUCUGGCUGCUGGCCCAGCACAAAGACGUUUGUCAACAUGAAAAGGCUCUGUCCACGGAAGGAAAAAGAACUUUAGUUCAUGAGAGGAAAAUCUACUGUAAUUAUUGCAAGAAAAUAAUUAAAGGAAGUAUGCAUAACCACUAUACGGAUGACUGUUCUGCAGCCUCAGAGCCUCUGAAAAGACUGCUUAGAUCCUUUCCAAGUCGGGCUGGUGGAGAUCAGACUUCCACAGCAGAGAAAGAUGUCCAUUCAAAGACAAGAAAUAUAAACAGAUUUUCUCUCCCUUCUGAGAGUUCAACAAAGCAAACACCAAGAGACACAGACGGAAUCGUGGAUCUACCUUCAGAUUCCGAGCUCACCUCUAGGACUGCCUCUUCAGCAAAGAAUGAGGCAGGCUACAACAUUCUGAGGACAUGUUCUCAGUGUGGUAUCCUGCUUCCCCUGCCCAUCCUAAGUCAGCAUCAGGUAAAAUGCAGACAAUUAGCUUCCUCAAAAGGAAAGCAAGUGAGAAAAUCCAGCUAGCUUUGGAAGGAAGAGUUCCUAUGAAUUUAGAAGAUUUCCUGUUUGCACCAGCUUUCCUGCUUCCUGUCUGUGGUGGUCGCUACUUGUGAAGAGCAAUGAGUUUUAAUCCUUCCUAUUUAGGAGAAAAAGUUUGCACUUUAACUACGUUCCUUCUUUUGAACAAAGACAUUGGUUUCCCACGGGCUUCAGGUAAUCAGGAGAGAAAAAGCUUCCAGGUCUUCCGGCUGGGCGUUCUGAUUAAACGUCUAGGAUCCGAAGCUGCGGUGCCUAAGAGACCCCAGCAUUGUCCCUGAAGAAUAAAAACACCUUCCUUGAAA